UGAGGUAGGUAAACAGUCUGGCAGUUGCGGUGUGAACCUGCUAGGACGAUGGCCGCUUUGAAGUAUGCGGGGCUGGACGACACCGACAGUGAGGAUGAACUGCCUCCUGGCUGGGAGGAGAGGACCACAAAAGACGGCUGGAUUUACUACGCCAAUCAUAUUGAGCUGAAGACCCAAUGGGACCAUCCCAAAACCGGGAAAAAGAAACGUGUAGCUGGAGAUUUGCCAUAUGGUUGGGAACGAGAAACAGAUGAUAAUGGUCAAGUGUACUUUGUUGAUCAUAUAAAUAAAAGGACCACGUACCUGGAUCCACGCUUAGCAUUUACUGUUGAAGAAGCAUCUGAAAAACCAAAUAUUCGGCAGAGAUAUGAUGGGAACAGUGCUGCAAUGGAAAUUCUACACGGUCGAGACCUAAGUGGCAAAGUUGUCAUUGUCACUGGAGCCAACUCAGGGAUUGGUUUUGAGACUGCACGCUCUUUAGCUUUGCAUGGAGCCCAUGUUGUCCUAGCCUGCAGAAAUCGAGCUCGAGGCAAUGAGGCCACACAACAGAUACUGGAUGAAUGGUUCUCUACCCAAAGGCAGGUCCCAAAGUGUGGCAAUGUACCUGAAUGUUUAACGCAGCACAAAGCCAAGGUAGAAACUAUGACUUUGGAUUUAUCCUCCCUGAGAAGUGUUGAACAAUUUGCAGAAGCUUACAAGACUAGAAACCUCUCUCUUCACAUACUGAUUUGCAAUGCUGGUGUGUUUGGUUCGUCAUGGCAAUUGACAGAGGAUGGUCUCGAAACCACUUUUCAAGUGAACCAUCUGGGCCACUUCUACCUGGUACAGCUACUUCAAGAUGUCCUGCGCCGCUCAAUACCUUCAAGAGUGAUUAUUGUGUCCUCUGAAUCACACAGAUUCACUGAUAUAAAGGAUUCCUCAGGAAAACUGGAUCUCAGUCGGCUUUCUCCUGCGAAGAAAGAUUACUGGGCCAUGCUAGCCUACAACCGGUCGAAGCUUUGUAAUAUUCUCUUCUCGAAUGAGUUGAACCGUCGCUUGUCUCCUCGUGGAGUAACCUCCAAUGCUCUGCAUCCAGGAAACAUGAUGUACACCUCAAUACACCGCAGCUGGUGGCUAUACACCCUACUGUUUACCUUGGCUCGUCCUUUUACCAAGUCAAUGCAACAGGGAGCUGCCACCACCGUUUACUGUAGCGUUGCCCCGGAGCUGGAGGGAUUGGGAGGGAUGUAUUUCAACAACUGCUGUCGGUGCCUGACGUCACAGCAAGCUCAGGAUGAAGUUGCAGCCUGUGCGUUGUGGGAGCUGAGUGAGAAGGUGAUCCAAGAGCGAGCUGGCAGUCAACCUGCCUAAGCGCGCAGCUCCCCGGGUUUGUGAAGACGGAAGCGAGGAACCGUGCACCAGAAAACUGCCGUCCUUAAAUAUUCUCCCUGUUUCUCUCUCUCUCUCUCUCUCUCUCCCUGCCCAGUUCUUUGCCAAUGUUAUCAGUGUGCGAGAUUGAGCACUUCUCAAAUAAAGCUUAACCCUUUACAACCUC